CAAGGGUCUGGUUUCAGGGAGGGGUGAGUGGACCAGAGUGAGAUCUUCUGUGUGAACACCAGGACACAGCUGAUGUUAAGAGGAGAUGCCCAUAACCCCUCCAGAAUACAGACCGUCAGAUCCACAGACCCCCUGGUGAUGCAGAGAGGUCUCCCAUCAACUCCACCAUGAAGCUGUUCUUGUUGCUAUGCCUACUGGCUCUCGGAAAUGCUAAACCCUACCAGCCAAUCAAUGUCCAGGAGUUCCUCAGAAACUAUGAUAUGAUGAUGGCUGACGCCGGCGACGACGACGAUAAUGAUAUCGAUGACGAGGAUGAAGAGUCGAAGGAGGAGGAGGAGGAGGAGGAAGAGUCGGAAGAAGAGGAAGAGGAGGUUGAAGACUGCCCAGCUGGGUGCCAGUGUUGGCCAAGGGUGGUGCAGUGCUCUGAUCAGGGCCUGAUCGCCAUCCCUGGGAAGAUCCCUGAGGACACCGUCAUGAUCGACCUCCAGAACAACGACAUCACCGACGUCGGCGAGAACGCCUUCAAAGGCAUCCACAAGCUCUAUGCCCUGUUCCUGAUCAACAACAAGAUCACCAAGAUCCACCCCAAAGCCUUCAAGAACAUGGAUCACCUGAAGCUGCUCUACCUGUCCUACAACCUGCUGACGGAGAUCCCCGCCAACCUGCCCCGCAACAUCCUGGAGCUACGUUUCCAUGGGAACCGCAUCAACACCAUCCAGAAGGAGGCCUUCAAAGGCCUGAGGAACCUGAACGUACUCGAGAUGAGUGCUAACCCACUUGCUAACAGUGGGAUCGCCCUUGGAGCGUUCGAUGGCAUGUCCAGCCUUUACAUUGGGAUGGCAGAGGCCAAACUCACCGCUGUGCCAAAAGACUUGCCCGCAUCCAUCACAGAGCUGAGUCUGGACUACAAUAAGAUCUCCAAGGUGGAAAUAGAAGACUUCAUCAGAUACGGAGAACUGCAGAAACUGGGCCUGAGUUUUAACCAGAUCAAAUCCGUGGAGAACGGCAGUCUGGCUCUCAUCCCCAAAAUCCGGGAGAUCUGCCUGGACAACAACAAGCUGAAGAAGGUCCCAGCAGAACUCGGCUCGCUGCGCAACCUCCAGGUGGUUUACCUCCAUGCCAACAAAAUCAGCAGUGUGGGCGUCAAUGACUUCUGCCCCGUCAGCCUGGGCAGUAAGAAGAAGAAGUACACGGGCAUCAGUCUGUUUGCUAACCCCUUCAAGUACUGGAACGUGCAGCCGGCCGCCUUCCGUUGUGUCAGCGGGGGCAGGGUAGUGCAGCUGGGCAACUUCAGGAGGAGGAAGUAGAGGCCGACCUGGUGAGCUCCACCCGGCCUGAACAGCAGGGGCUCUUAAACCUUCUCAUCCCGGGACCCAAAAAAGAGUGGAAAGUUUGGAAAGGAUCACCCAUUCUGGUGUGCUCAGUUUUCCAGGCCUUGUCAGACCCACCUCCAGAUGGAUCGCCACCCAUUUUGGGCCCAAAGUUUAAGAAACGCUGCUUUACAGGUACCUCGGCCCGACAAAAGACGAGGCUAGAGGAUCAGAUGGAGCCAUGCUAACAAAUACACAGCACAUUUAGUAGUUAUACAGGGUGUAUGUUGAACUAUUUAGAAUAAACGUACAUAAUGUAAAUAUAUUAACCAUAAUGUCUAUUAUUAGGUUUAAAAAAAAGUCCAUGCAUGUGUUCCGUUUUAGGCCAUCCUCUUAUUAUGUCACUGUUCUUCUGUGUUCCGUGUUAUACUUGCUCACUUCCUGGACUGUAAUCUGCAUCUAAUGCAUAUGUAAUCUUAUUGAAGGCAUGUAACCACAUGCGGAACUUCAACAUUAUGAUCCAAACUGGCUGACCUGACCACAGCUACCAUCAGAACCAGGACACAGAAUCACAUCCCUUACGUUCAGGUCAUCUCCUAUACCCAAUUUAGAGUGGGUGGAGAUAGGCUUGGAUUGGCUGGAGAUAGGAAUAGAGUGGGUGGAGCAAUACCGGGAUUAGGGUUGGCAAUAGUUGUGUGGGUAGGAGCUGGCCAUGGAGUGGUUGGAGCUAGGCCAUGACUCAUAGGCUUGUCAAAUAAACCCAUAGAGCUGCUCAAACUGAACAAUAAGACCAGUAGCUUCAUAUCAACAAUCUCCAGAUUUGAGAAACACUUAAAACUAGCAAACAUUCAUCUUCAAACCUGCACUUUAGUGGCAUUGUGUCAUGGCUCUAUUUAGAGGCUUUCCAUCAUAUCAAUGUGUAAAGAGCCACAGGUCAAGCAGGUCUGACUGUACCUCCAAAUUGUUUUUGGGGAUCUUUGUAAAUACAUGUUUCAAUUGGAGAGCUCUGUUGGCCAUGUUCUGUGAUACCAAAGAACACUCAAGAUUUCUCCAAAUUAUACAUUAUUAAACUAAUAAUAGCUUAUCUAACGCCGAGAUCACAGUGGAAACUUGUAAUAACUAUUUUGCCAGGAAACCAUCCAGCAGAGCUUAAUAGCAUUGUAUACAUGUCCUAAAGAAUGAGACGUUCAUUAACUUUGGACUGGCGAACUGUUGGUUUGUGACUUUGAAGGAGAAAUAUAAAAAUCUGGAGACACGCUGUUAGUCUAGAGCAGAGAUUAGACAAUUUUACCGUGGAAAGGAGGGGAAGAGGAACAUGCAUAGUCUCAUGUUAGGUUCAAGUUCAACUCUUAUUCUCGGAUUCACAGAUCAGAGUCAGACUGAGCAAUGGUACGAGAUAAUACUGGAUCAUUCUAGAUGAUACUAGAUAAUCAGUAUGGAGCGUUUCCAGCUCAACACAGCAAGGCAUUUCAGGACAUAUGUAUCAUUCUAAUUUCUUAAAGUUAAUUUGUCAUAUGGGCAUUAGAGAUCAAGUACUUAAUGGCCAUGAAAUGCUUGAAAUUUAGCUUCAUCAACUAUACUCUUUUUUCAUGCCAGACCAUCUCCAUUCAGGAUUCUAUUCCAAGGAUGAAGAAAGAGCUGUAGCUUCUUUGGGUGUUGUGAUAUAUAAGGUCUGCUUAUUUGGUGAUACUAUCCUCACAAAUGGUGCUAGCGUAUUUAUUAUGUUGCUCAAUAAACACUUGUUGUUAUCUGCUGUGUUUU